AUGGCAUCACCGAACGAUGCAGCGGGUUACUCUGUGACACCUACCCAAAGAGUUGCAUUCAAACAUGCCUCGCGCAAAAGUGACGACCUCUCCUCAACAUGGCACAGACCUUCUACCAAGAGCAAUCGGUCUAUGUCAGGAGGAACCACUCAGCUGGGUCAACCUCUGUUGGGCAAGUCUGCCCUUGGCAAUGGACCGCCUGGUAGUUUCAGUACGGACUUGAAGAGCGCCACACAGUCGCGAAGUACAACACCGCAGAAUGAACAGCCGUCACACCGCGACAUGCCUCGACAGUCGUUUUCGAGUACGCGCCCGAGUGCUGGGGACUGGACCGACAGCACUGAGUCGCGGCAGGCAUUCGUGAGGGCUCAGAUCGCAAAAGAGGAGAAGAUCAAAAUGGGAACGGAGAAGUUGAAGGAGGCCUUGAUGAGCAAGAAUAUGAAGCAGGCUAAAGAUCAGCGCCUCGCGACGAUAGAACAAGAGUUGGGUACCUCGAACAGGAAGCUCGCUGAGUUGCGAACUCAGCUCGAUCACGAGACGCGAGCACAAAGUCCAACGACGCCGCCUUCGAAGCGGCAAACAAGCUACUUCAGAUCGAGUCCCCUUCGUUCCCCUCGCCUGGUCGGCAGAGAGGAUCUCGAUGUCGAAGGUCUCAACGAGGAAGAGUCUCCUACUGUAGUACUCACAGAAACUCUACAAGCACUCGAGAUGGAGGGAAUGCCACCGGACUACUACAUUGAACGCGCUAAUACCCUGGUACAACUGUUUAAAAAGCAUUCAACUCUGAAAUACGACCUGGCCUGGUCUGUGUUCAGCCUAAGAGUCCAGCUGAUGCUCCUGAGCGAUAGCUCGGACGUGGUGGCGGCAGGCUAUCGACUGACGAGACACGCCAUCACGGACAGAUCUUCCCUCAGGACCAUCAGAUCAUUACACACAGAUGAGCUCACCGUGCUAUCACUGAUCAAGAAAGACAAGGCUGCGUUGGAACGCGAACAGGCUGUGAAACUCGUCCGAGCCUUUCUCGACGUGAAGAGCGGCGUCUACGAGCUCUCAGUAGCUGUCGUCCGCAGUCUGGUUGCUGUCGCGGAGCAUAAUGAUGAUACUCUGAAGGAUAUCUGUCUGUUGACCUUAGCCGAGAUACUGACGAAGCACCCUUCGCUGCUCGUCUCAGCCGGAGGAAUGAGUACGCUCACCGAUGCUCUUGCGAACGGCAGCUUUCCGACUCCAGAUGGUCUUGUUGCCGCUUUCUUGCACAUACUGGAUCAUCCCAGACAACGGCAGUAUCUCAGCACUGGUCGCGAGUUUGAAGCUAUGUUUGCGCCAUUCACCGAUCCAAUGCUGCUGAAUGGAAACGAGGAGAAGCUCAAGCAUUGCGCCAAAGCCAUCGCGGCUAUGCUGAAAACGUGGCCGGGCUUCUUAGCGCUAUCUGAACGCAAUGCUAUGUCUCUGCAUUCGCUGAUCGAGUCGUUACAGUAUCCGAUCACGGCGGCCCGAGGCAUCAUACUCGACUUGCUGAUCGACACAUUGAGAAUCAAAGUGCCCUAUUGGUCGGACACAUAUGUCGCCGGACGAAGACUGACCACGUACGGACGGGUGAACACAGAAGCCGCAGAACCAGACAUGAAACGUGCACCAGCCGAUGACAGAAGUCAUGGGCGCUUCGAUCUGACUUAUCACUUCUCGGCGAUCGUACUAGCUGUACUGAUCAGAGUCGGUCUGAUACCAUCGCUGUUCAACUUGAUCAAAACCGAAGAAGAUAACGCAUUGCGACGGCGAGCCAUUCUCGUGCUCACCGAAGUUCUGCGUAUGGCGCAAGACUCUCUUCCAACCACAGUGAGCGCGAAUAUCCAGGUGCUGGCACCGCUGCUGUCUCCAGCCCAGGACUUUCUUUCUGACAGCCAGGCUGGAAACUUGGAAAUGCUCUACCAGAUCGAGAGCAUCAAUCGUACCAAGAACAAAUCCAAACGCUCGAUAACCGAGCCCGCGCAUACUGUGGAAGACUCUUCUGGUGGGCCUGCGAUGGCCAAGCGCUCCAAAUACAGUCCUUUGAUCGACGGAGACCAGUUCAGACAGCUGAUCACAGAUUCCCAGGUCCUGCAACAUGCUUCCUACAUCAAGUGGAAAUGGGACAUUAUCAUGGGUCUGGUAGAAGGGCCACUCACCAACCCGAAGCGUCUCGACGAAGCCAUAAAAUCGAGCAAGUUUAUGAAGCGAUUGACGGGAUUCUACCGGCCCUUUAAGCAUCGCUUCAGUGAUAUACGCAACAAUCAGUUCAACCAACGUUACGUACGAUACGGAUGUUCGCUAUUUCGAACAUUGUUGCAAACAGCAGUUGGGAUACAAUUCUUAGGAGAAAGCAAGGUACUGCGCCAAAUCGCAGAAUGUCUUGCUCAGGUCGACCCUCAGAGUGGAUUGACAUCUACUUCGCCUCAAUUCGAUCGCUAUCAAAUGACUGAAACCCUGAGCGGCGGCUACUUUGCCAUACUUGGAACACUGAGCUCGACGCAAGAAGGCGUGAACAUCAUGGAGAAAUGGCAUAUGAUGGACAUGUUCUACCAUAUCCUCGGACAACGAGACCGAGACGACCUUGUGCGAGCCAUCCUCGGGUCAAUGGACUUCACUCUCGACACGCACCUCAGAGUGAUGCUGUCACAAGCCCUUACUUCAGCUUUCAAGGGCAUACGGCUCUUCGCGACCAAACUCCUCCGCCGCUAUGCUGUAGCCCGAGGUAUAGGCCAGCCAGACUCGAGCGCUCACUGGGCACUCCGCCUAGUCAUGACCCAACUCUACGACCCAGACGUAGAAGUCUGCGAAGUCGCCGUAAAGAUUCUCGAAGAAGCCUGCGAGCUCCAACAACACCUGGAAUUCGUCGUCCGCUGUCGCCCAGCACUUGACCACCUAGGCGAGCUCGGCGCGCCCCUCCUACUUCGAUUCCUCGCCACCUCCAUCGGCUACCGCUACCUCAACGGCCUCGAUUAUAUCACUCAAGAAAUGGACGACUGGUUCCUCGGCCGCAACGACACCUACGUCGCACUUGUCGAAGCCUCCCUCGCCCGCGCCUACGCAGACACAGCCAUGUCCAAAACAUCCUUCUCCGCCCCCGAAGACAUCGACAUGGGCGAAACGGGCCUUGCACCAGCGCACUUCUACCGCGAAUUGGCCCGCACGGAAGAAGGUUGCAAACUUCUCCGCCAAUCGGGGCACUUCUACGAGUUCUCCUCCACCCUGCGCGAUUUCGACCUCGAGGACGACGACUCCGAAACCCUGCUCAAAGUCAAAGGCAGCCUGUGGGCCGUAGGCAACAUCGGGUCCAUGGCGCUGGGCGCCCCCUUCCUCGAAGAAGACGACGUCGUCAAGUCCAUGGUGCGCAUCGCCGAAGGCGCGGCCGUCAUGUCGAUCCGCGGCACGGCUGUCUUCGCACUCGGCCUAUGCAGCCGGACCCUUCACGGCGUGCAAAUGCUAGCGAGAACGAAUGGGACACGACGAUCGAUUCCCGCGGCCACUCUUUGGUCUAUGCAAACCAACAACCACUACACAUCCUCCACCACCGACGCCGAUCCCAUCAAAGCCCGCAUCCUCAAACUCGUCAUCAGUAUGGGCAAUUCCGUGACAUACAAGAAGAUCGGACAGGACCUAUCCGUCUUACGCCAUAAACACCCACAGGCGUUUAUGGAUGUGGGAUUGUUUCGGAAGACGCUGGUGUUGCUGGAGAGCCAUCAUUAUCGGCUGUUGGCCAGGCAGCAUAUAUUGGAUCUGUUUGAUAAGAGUGUGAUGCGGAGGCUGGUGCUGGAUGAGGAUGCCGACUCAGAGGAGACGGAGUCGGAUACGAAUUGA